AAUAUAAAUAAUGGCAGUCUGCAGGAAUUUAUGAAAUAGCCAGUGGUCAUGACUUGGUGAUUUUCAGAAUGGAAACUGAACGUUGCAUAAAAUAAAAUGAGGAGUUCUACUAAAAGUGUUAAAACUUAGGAAAGUGCCAAAUAAUUGCAUAUGGAUUCUUUAUUACUACUGAUCUGAGAUAGAGAGGGGAAAGUCUGCGUAAAUUAUAUAGCUUCCUGUGGGAUCCCUGCUGGAGGUGCUUUGUAGGACACAACAUCAUUUGAAUCUCAUGUGUGUCUGUGUGUGUGUGUGUGUGUAGCAGGACUUGAGUACAAAACCAGACAUCACAAGGAACGCAAACAAAGCUGAGGCUUUUCCUCAGUACUAGUUCAGUAAGUACAGUGGUGGGGGUGGUAGGCCUCUAGACACACAGCUGCUACUAUUAUUAUUAUUAUUACUAUAGGAGUCGAGGAGCAUAUAGAUGCAUUUUUAUAGUGUGUACCAGUUUUGUUAUUAGCAAGGGGUUCUAGGCAGAAGAGCAGAGCAACAACAUGUUAAGGAAGACCAGGAAGCGGCGAGUCAAAUGGGGCAGCGAUGCAGGACAGUUUCCUCUUAUGACACUGACACGGGGUCUGGGUGAGUGUGAUUAGAACGUAUUUAUUUCCUCACAUGUUAGCUAAAAUGCAGACUACUUUCACAUGUAUUACUGGUGCAUGGUUAAUUUAUAAAAACAGGUCUACCAAGAGUGAAGAAGGUCACUAUAUCAGUGAUUACUGAUGUGUCCAUUAAAUUUUUUUUUUUUAAAGUAGUUAAUCAACUUAUUAUUUUAAAGACUAAUGGUGUAAUUUUUAUAUUCAAGUAAUUUGGCACAGCAUUAGUUGCUACUGUAUAUUCGCUGGUCAAAUUGUAUUUUUCUGUUAGUUUUCUCUCUCUUUAUCUCUCUUUCUCUCUUCCUUGUAUCUUCCUAUGUUUGUCCUCUGUUUUUAUCAUUAUCAAAUCCUUAUAGAUCAGUUUGGCCAAAAAGUAAUUUGACAUGACUUUCCCUUACACCAAAAGUCAACCAAAAAUGUUUAGUGUCUGAGGUUUCCUUCUGUAGCUUUGCAGUGGUGCUACACAGCUAAUAAUAAGGGGAGGUUUAUAGCUUUACAUUCAAAAUCAUCACACUUUCACCUCAAACCAUGUUGAGAUGAAACAUCCUGCUUAUAAUGUCUAGUGCACAGGAUAUUUUUUUUUGUCAUGAUCAAUUUUGUAAUGAAAUAAUAAAAGGUUUAUUCUUUAAAAAAUGUGACAUUAUUUAAAAUAUAUACAUAAGCCAGUCAGAAGGAAGUUAUGGAAGUAGUCACAUGACUAGGUGACUUAGACAACAAAUUGAAAUUACAAAAUGAUCACAAAAUGGGAAGAUCUACUAAAAGUAUUAAAACUUAAGUGUGUCAAAGUGUCAAAAAUAAUUGCAUAUUGAUUCUUUAUUACUAGUGAUCUCACACUAUCUGAGGAAGAGAGGGGAAAUCAUCACAUAUUCAAACCAUGAUAGGAUAUUUAGCAUGUCAUGUUUGUUCAUUUGCAACAUAUCACAGAAAUCAUCUCACACAAUCUGUACUCGUAUCACUUUGUUCCAGGAUCAACUCAGCUAGAGGUGUUUGGUCCAAAGUUUGCUGGUUGAAUUGAAGAGUAGAAGUGAUUUCUACAAAUAUUAUUAAUGUAUCAAAUAGCUAAACUGAAGAAAGAACCUUUGCAGACUUAUUAGCAACAUUAGCCUCAUAGGUCCAGUGAAAAAAUUGAUCAUGGCUGAUUGACUAAAUUUGUGGUAAGAUGGAAACUGCAUACAUUUAUAACUUUAACAAUAGGAUGUUUUAUCUUUGUACAAAUAAAUAGAAAUAUACCUGCAGGGAUGCAUUGUGUUUAAGACUCUGAGGUCUGUAACUUUCACCAUGUUGGCCACAGAUAGCACACAACAUCAUUUGAAUGGCCUGAAUCCAGCCUUUGUUAUACCACUUGGCCUGAUAAGAUCAAACACACACACAGACGCAGACACACACACACACACACACACACACACACACACACAUGCACACACAGACAUCCAUUCAUUAAUGACUGUUGACUGUCAGGAGUAAGAGAAAGGGUUUCUUAUGAUAGGGGGUGUAGGAUUUACUGAAACUGUGUUAGAAAGAGAAACAGAGAGAGAGAGAGAGAGAGAGAGAGAGAGAGAGAGAGAGAGAGAUAUGUUAGUUGAUUCAAGCACCUGUCUCAGGUAGCCAGUUCCCACACAAGCUGGAUGUGGCUAAUAGCCGUCAUAUAUUAGACCAUGAGAGAGUAGCUUUGAGGUGGAGAACAGUCAGAAGAGAUGGAUGUACAAAACAGAGGACGAUGUGUACGCAUUCCCCUGAAAGAGGCAGAAAAAUACCACCACUUGACCCUCUGCUGCCGUCAACUCUACAAUGAGAUUAUGCAAAAGGAGACGAGUCCAAUCUGUGCUGCUGACAUCAUCCUUGAGCUAAAGAAGAAAUUUGCCUUCCUGUCAGGUGGCAGAGGGCAGGAUGGCAGCCCUAUCAUUAUCUUUCCAGAAUUCCCAUCGUUUGGUGAAAUCAGUGAUCAAGAGUUUCACAAUGUUCUCACCUAUCUAACAAGUGUUCCCAGUUUGAGUGCAGCAGGGGUGGGCUUCAUCUUAGUGAUUGACAGGCGCCAGGAUCGCUGGGCAUGUGUGAAAGGGACAUUAGUCCGUAUCUCGAGUGGCUUCCCAGGAAUCCUACGGCUGGUUCUGGUGCUGCGGCCUCACACACUCCUUCAGCGCACUCUUUCAGACAUUUUAUUUAAAUUCCAUGGAGAUGAUUUCAAGAUGAAAGUGCCGGUUAUCAUGUUGAGCUCAGUGGCUGAGCUACAUUCGUAUAUAGACCAAAGUCAGCUGACCCAAGAACUAGGUGGCACUCAGCAAUAUUGCCAUAACACCUGGAUCUCCCAUCGCACAGACAUAGAAGGCUUUGCUGUCUUAGUAAAGAGGAUGACACAGAGACUGCAGGUGUUUGGUAGGGAACUGGCAGAGACUGAGCUACCCAACACCCCUCUAGCAACCAGCAAUCUGCUCAACGCACACAGCAGCAAGAAAGAUAACAUGAAGGAGGAGCUGGCGGGAGCUCUGGGACAAGGGCGUAAGAUCUUGGGGAACGUCCGUGAACCAGUGCGCAGGGACCCAGACAGCACUCUAAACCCAGACCAGCUGGAGAACUUGGCCACUGUGCAUAGGCUACUGUCUCAGUUAAAUGAGAGCUCUGCAGCAUUUGAUGAUUUCUGGCUACAGCAUCAGAAUAAGCUGGAACUGUGCUUGCAACUCUGCCAGUUUGAGCACAACUUUCAGCAGGUGUCAGCAGAGCUGAAGCUAGCAACUGACAGACUGGCUGCUUUCUCACAUGUAGGAAUAAGCCAAACCCACACAGAACAUCUCCUCAGAGAACUGACUGAUCAGGAAGACAAAUCAUUUGAACUUCUGGACAGAAUGGAAGCCCUGGUUAUUGAAGGCCAACGUUUCAUUGACAGCUGUGAAAAUAGUGAUGACAAUGUCAAGAUGAAGUGUGCUGACCUGCAAAAUGCCAGAGAUAAACUCUUACAGAAGCUCAAAGCGAAGAGAGGUCAGCUGCUACAGGCCAUCGAGCUCCAUCAGAAACUGCAGAGAGUGUGUAAAUGGUGUGAUGAUGGUAUUUACAUGCUGGCAUCUCAGCAGCUUGACAAGUGUCAGUCACAGGAGGGGGCGGAGUCCGCACUCCAGGAGCUGGAGGGCUACAUGGGGACAGCCAACGAGCUGCAGCAGUGGGAUGUGUGUGUGUUCUGCAGAGAGUAUGAAAGUAUGUUAAACAAAGAGUUGAAGGAACAAGUAGAGCAAGUGUUUGAAAAGAGGGCUUUGCUACAGGAGAUGUUUGAGAAAAGGAGGGUCAGUCUAAAGAAGCUAGCAGCCAAACAGACACGCCCGGUCCAGCCUGUAGCCCCAACGCCUGAAGCCAUUAAAUCACCUCCUUCCUCACCAGCUCUUAGAGACUGUGGGAAGAGCUAUGAUAGUAUAGACUCGCAGAGUGACUAUAAUGAAGUGUCCUCUGAGCAAAAUAAUGGAGGCAGCCGUACUGCCUCAGUGUCAGAUGAGGAGGAAAACCUGGCUGUACUCCGCAGGCAUGUAAUGAAUGAGCUGCUGGAAACAGAAAGAGCAUAUGUAGAAGAACUUCUGUGUGUUCUACAGGGCUAUGCUGCCGAGAUGGACAACCCUGCCAUGGCUUCCAUCAUCCCCGCUGCCCUGCAGAACAAAAAGAAUGUGCUGUUUGGCAACAUGCAGGAGAUCUACUUCUUCCACAAAACGAUAUUUCUGAGAGAGUUGGAGACUUACACUGAUCACCCUGAGCUCGUGGGCCGCUGUUUUCUGGAGAGGAUGGGAGACCUGCAGAUUUAUGAGAAAUACUGCCACAAUAAACCUCGAUCUGAGAGCCUGUGGAGACAGUGCUCAGACUGUGCAUUCUUUCAGGAAUGUCAGAAGAAACUGGAACACAAACUGGGGUUGGACUCUUACCUACUGAAGCCUGUUCAGAGAAUUACUAAAUACCAACUCCUACUGAAGGAGCUUAUUAAGUACAGUAAAGGCUGCGAGGGUGUAGUCGAGCUGCAGGCAGCUCUCUCAUCUUUACUGGGCAUUCUGAAGGCAGUCAAUGAUUCAAUGCACCUCAUUGCAAUUAAUGGAUAUGAGGGUAACCUUGGCGACCUGGGCCGGCUGCUGAUGCAGGGUUCUUUCAGUGUGUGGGCGGAACAUAAGCGUGGCCAUGUGAAGAUGAUGGAGCUGGCACGUUUCAAGCCCAUGCAGAGGCACCUGUUCCUACAUGAGAAAGCUCUGCUCUUCUGUAAGAGACGUGAGGAAAACGGCGAAGGCUAUGAAAAAGCUCCAUCGUACAGCUUCAAACAGGAGCUGAGUAUGAGUUCCAUUGGAAUCACUGAACAUGCCAAAGGAGACAAUAAAAAGUUUGAGAUCUGGUUGAGCUCCAGAGAUGAGGUGUACACUGUGCAGGCGGCAUCCGAAGAGAUUAAGACUAUCUGGGUGAGAGAAAUCCGGAAACUUCUAACAGGACAGCUGGAGGCCUGCAGGGAAGCUAGCCAUCAGAAGACUACUGCUCAAUUAACUACAGAGGACAAUUCACUUGAAAGACCAGUGAGAGAUGGACUGAGUAAUAUGAAUGGAGAAGUGGAGAAACAGAGGACAGAAGAGGAAGGAGGCAAAGAACCCAGCAGCCCAGGUGACAAAAAACCAGAGAGAAAAUCGAGUUCAUUCUCCGGCUCGGACACCAAACCCAAGCGACAAGAUAUCAAAAGUGACCCGACGCCUUUAGAAACAGGGUCACACCCCCAUUUAAGUGGAGUCAGGUGGUUAAGUACAUCGAGCCUGUUUCAGAAUCGUAGGAAAGGAUGGAUUAAAGGUUCUGCCUCAUUAGAUCCCUCUGUGGAGCAUGAUGGGUACUUCAUCCCUGAAGAUCAGGUGACCUCUGAGCCAGAGGAGGAACAAGAAAAUAAACUUGACUGUGAGAGCAUGAGUGCUGCAGAUGAAGAACCCAAAGCGACAGAAUCAUAGGAAGGACAACCAUAAAAAGGUCAUAAUUAAAGUGAUUCCAAGAGCCUCUGUCCUGGAGAAAAAGAGACCAGACUACUCUUCAAAAAGCACCUGCUGUUCUUCAAAUUUUACUCCCUCAUACAAUAUAGCACAAAGUGUCAAACACUUUCAUGUGUUACAGUGUUCCUAGCCCUUUAAAGAAAGUGAACUUCCAGUGUGCAGCUGUUAUGGUGGUUAAGUCUAAUGCUCCUCACAUUAAGCAUAUCUCAGCUUUUUCUUUGCAUGAGAACAGCCUUAACUUCCACGUAUAAUUAGCAUAUCAUAUAUGCAAAUAUUGUUUUAUGGACGUGCCUGUACUUCCCCUAAUGUAAAGUCUGUAUGUCUGUCUAUAGUCAUAGGAUUUUGUUCAUGUAUAUGUAUAUAUAAAAUAAAACUGAAUC